AUGAACUUGAGACUGCAAAAUAAUCAAAGUCAAUCAGCACAAUCUGGACAACAAUUGGGACAACAAUUGGGGCAGCAGCAGCGUGCUCCAGCCUCUGCUUCGGGCUCGUUGGCAAAUCCUGCCGAGAGUCAGAUCCAUGAAAGAAUUGAGAUGAUUAGAUUACAAAUCCAAUCUGAUCCUCAUUCACUUGAAAAUAUCAGAGUGACACAGCCAAGUCUCUAUAAUGCUGUUAAUGAUCCGAUUAGAUUCCGUGACCUCAUGAUUGAACAAGUCAAGGAGGAGCAAAGAGAAACUUCCUCGACACAAGAAGAGAUGUGGAGGUUACAACAAGAUCCAGAUAACCCUGAAAACCAAGCUCGUAUAAUGGAGUUGAUCCAGCAGGAAGCUAUCGAGGAGAAUAUGAAACUUGCAUGGGAGAUUAGUCCAGAAUCAUUCACCAGUGUCAAUAUGCUUCAUAUCAAGUUGAAAAUCAACGGUGUUGAACAAAUUGCCAUGGUAGACUCCGGGGCUGCCAUGACGGUGAUUAGCUCUGAAAUUGCUGAACAGUGUGGAAUCUCAAGAUUGAUUGACAAGAGAUUUAAAGGCCAGGCUGUUGGUGUUGGUACUCAGAAUAUCGGUGGUAAAAUCCAUAGUGUGCCUAUCGAAAUAGCUGGCUCAGGAAUUGAAUUACCUUGCUCUUUUUACAUAGUGGACACAUCAGUCGGUAUAUUAUUUGGUUUGGAUAUGUUACGAAGACACGGAUGUGUGAUUGACUUGAAAAGGGAUGUGCUUAUAAUUGGAGGUCACAUUGAGGCUAAAUUUUUAUCAGAAGCAGAACUACCAAGAAAAUCGCUAGGUGGCAACAUCUUCUCUAGAGAAUCAUAA